AUGCGCGUCACCGCUCCGUUUGUCGUAGCUGCGGGCGCUUACGCCGCGUGCGCCAACGCACUGAGUGAGGAGAACAGCACGCAGCAGCAUCUCGUGCUCGCCGCCGCGGACGAGGCCUGCUACUGGCAGCAGGAUCUGUCCUGCGACCUCGAGGACGCGGCCAACACGCUGCGCCUCGGCGUGGAGAACGAGUGCGACGUGCCGAUCCCCGUCCCAGUGGACAACUACGUGGAGGACCUCCGAAUCAACAAGUACGACGUCCCCGCCGAGGGCAGGGCGACCCAGCAGCCCUUCGUGCAGAUCUCGGGCAGCAACGGCAAGCUGGCCGUGGCGACGAGGAAGGCCACCUGGUACAAGUACGUGACCGACGCGGCCUCGGUGCAGAGCGACAUCCGGUUCAACGGCCCCGGCAUGUACGACAUGGUGAUCCUCGCCAACGACUACAACGGCGAGGCCUCGUGCCUCGGCUGUAUCGCCGUGCUGGACAAGUUCCGCCCGCGUUACGGCACUGCCGGCACCUGUCCGGACGCGUCGAGCGACGCGCAGAAGGUGACCAAGCCUCUGACUCAAGCAGCGUUCAAUGAGCUCAAGACUCUCGAGACCGGGUACCAGACGUACACUGCGAGCAGCAACGUCGUCAACAACCCCAACAGCGGCGGGACGUGCUACCUGGACGAGGACACGGCGCCCGUCAAGAAGUCCUUCUACGGGAGGGAGAAGGAGUGCGACGACCUCAGUGAUCUGUGCUACAGCAGCACCAUGCUGUCGUCCAACCUGGUGAGUCUCAAGACGGCGCCCUUCACGGCGACCAGCACGUCACUUCAGACGGCCUACGCGACGUUGGAGUCGACGCUGAACCAGCAGUGCACUUGGUGCUGCCGGAAGAAGUCCGUGCUCCGAGAAUACUACACCAAAUACUACUGCCCCGCCGACUACAGCCCGCCGUCCAGCUUCAGGACCGUGUGUGCCUACGACAACACUCUCCCGAACAAGUGCACCUUCAAUACGUGCAUUGAGGGCAAGGGGGCGGACAUUGUCACGGCUUCCGUCGUCGUCAAGUCCACCGUCCAGACAGCGUCCACUAACGUGCUCAACGCGCUGCCCAAGAAGCCCGACGGCAGCGACGUUACCAAGCACGUCUACUACAGCAUCCCCUGCACCAGCUUCAGCGCCACGGACACCAACUGCCGCUACACGGCCAAGCUCUCGCAGCUGCUCGACGUCCGGAGGGCCUUCACCACGACGCUCCCGACCCCGCCCACGACCCUCGACGUCAAGGACUUCGUCUUCUGGCGCUACAACGUCAACGGCAAGAGCUUCGUCAGGUGGGACCCGCUCGCCGACACCGCCAUCACGUUCACGGACCCGACCACGACCAUCGUGCUGGAGGCCUGGACGGCGUGCGGCAUGGCCUACACCACCACCUUCACCGUCAACCUGUAUCUGCACAGCACGCUGGCGUGCUCCAAGUUCCCUGCGAUGUGGAAGGUGGUGGAGAAGCCCGGCGUGCAGGGCUCCGAGGGAACCUACUGCGCGUACGGAGGCAGCGACUUCGCCGUCCUGAAGCUCGACAUGGUCGUCGCGGACGUGCUGCAGCAGAGCGACACCACCGUCACGGGAUCGUACACGGGCGUCACGUGCAGCAUGAUGGUCAAGCCGACGGGCGGCACCGACACGAGCGUCGUCAAGGUGCUGGAGGACUCGUCGGCCGCCACUAUCAGCAAGUACUACGGCGUGGAGCUCGUGAACAAUCCCAGCACGGCGCAGAAGACGACGGGGGUCGUCCGCUGCACGUUUACGCGUACUCCGCGCACGAACCUUCUCGCUUUGGCGUUGGAAGCUGUUGGUACGGACGCCAACUCGAUCGAGUGCAGUCACACGUUCACGAUCACCGACUGCGAUAAACCCCAUUUUUUAUUGGGAAACGAUGUGUGUGCGAAUAAGUGCGCGGGAGACGCAUCGCCAGGGAUGUAUGAGGCGUGCGGUGGCUCCAUUGUGACGUCCACAUCGACGGAUACGCUGCUGAAGCCGUCGACUACACCGACGUGCUGCACGAAAUGCUCGCAGGCGCUGGCGUGCAACGCUGUCGGAUCGACGGAUGUCAAGCGCUGCGAGCCUCCAUGGACCCCGGUGCUUCUUACGGAGGCGACGGACUUGGAGCCGUUUGAUGCAACGAUAGCCGUGCUCGUUGGUGCAAGUGCUGCGGUCGCUGUCGCAGUGUUAAGCGUUUUCAAGCACCGUGCACAUGUCGGUGCACCACAACCGGACGACAGUCAAGGCGGAUAUUACACGUUGAUCGACUAA